AACCUUCCUCCCAGCAGAGCCCACGAUGUGAAGGUGCAGGUCAGAGCCUGUGCUCUGAGCAGGGUGGACACUCAGCUCCUGGCAGAAAUCAAACUGAAGAAGGAACUUGUGCCUGUGGGGAGAGAAAUUUCAGGAGUGGUGCUGGAAGUUGGAAGCAAGGUGACCUUUUUCCAGCCAGAUGAUGAAGUGGUGGGAAUUCUGCCCCUGGAUUCUGAGGAGUCUGGUGUCUGUGAAGUUGUCCUGGUUCACGAGCAUUAUUUGGGCUCUCCCUCAGGGACCCUGCUGCUCCUGGGGGUCACUAUGAAGGCUCUGUAUGCUCAGCAGAAUUCUCCUGGGGAGGAGAUGACAUUUGUGUUCCAGGAAAGGAGGAAUUUGUUCUCCCUCCCAGUGAGGCUGUACAGUGCUGAAGAUGAACCAGCUUCCAGGUGCCAGCUGCUGCCUCACAAGCACGACAUCAUCACCCUGCUUGGGGUCGGGGGACGCUGGAUAACCACCGAGAGGAACCUGCAGCUGGAUCCUCCAGACAGCCAUUCCUUGUUCCUUAAGGGAGCCACAGUGUCCUUCCUGAACGAGGAGGUGUGGAACUUGUCCAAUGUGCAGCAGGGGAAGUAUCUCGCCAUCCUGGAAGAUAUCAUGGACAAAUUAUCAAAUGGCAUUUUCAGACCUCAGCUGGAUGAACCCAUCCCAUUGUAUGAAGCCAAAGUUUCCAUGGAAAUAGUUCAGAAGAAUCAAGCAAGAAAGAGACAAGUCAUCCAGUUCUGACACACAACUUCUGAUUUCUCAGCUGGGAAAGAUAAAGAAAUGUGUUUGUGGAAUAAAUCAGUGUACACUUGCAGGCAGUGAAGAGAAUUUAAACAUUCUUUGUACCUCAGCUCAAAUGGUCUCUGAAGCUUCCAUGACUUCAGGGUUUUUAAAUUCCCUUGAGCAGAAUGUUCCCAUCAGCAGCUUCUAAAGAAGCAGCCUUAACAUGAAAAUCUUGUCUGCCCUGCCAUAUUUUAAAAUGUCAGAAACGUCUACAGGAAAACUCAGUCACUGUUGGUUUUCAACCCUAAGAGAUUAAAGAGGGAAAAAAAGA